UGAACUCCGGUUCGCUUCGACUGCUCUGUUUACUUUCCUCUCCCCAGCUACCAUCUUUUCACUGCUGUCGCUUACAGAGGUAUCGUACCGUUCAGACGCUUUCCUGAAAGAGCACUUGGCGCAAUAGCUGGCUAACCAGCCUUUUCCUUCCAUUACAACCGGCUCUAUACUCCCGGCAGACCACUAGUAUCAUUAAUACCAUGGUUCGUUUGAAUUGCGCUCUUGCCCUGCUCGGCGCUGCAUCUGCAGCGAUGGCGACCACCGUCUGGCCCCUGCCAGAAAAGUUCAUCACUGGCAGCCACAAUACGGCGGUUGGCACCAUCAGUAUAUCUGCGGUAAAUUCGACGUCAUAUGUGCUGAAGAACGCGAUUAGCAGAUAUACAGGCAUUAUCAACCACGAGUCGUUCCUGGCACCGGUUGACUACAGGCAAGGGAUCAUUCAAACCAACGGACAACUUGGGGGCCUGACUGUGGCUGUUGACAGCACUGAUGAGACAUUGUGCCUGGAGACUGACGAGUCGUACGUUCUGCAUGUCCCAGAAAACGGACAGGCCACGCUGAAGGCGCAUUCAGUAUACGGGGCUGUGCGCGGACUCGAGACGUUCUCGCAGCUUAUCUCAGCAAAUGGAUACGCACGGGUGCUGAGGAAUACGCCGAUUUAUAUCGAGGACAGGCCAGUGUUCCGGCACCGUGGAAUCCUGCUCGAUACGUCGCGCAACUACUUCCCUGUGAAGGACAUUCUGCGCACACUAGAUGCCAUGUCCUACAACAAGCUCAAUGUGUUCCAUUGGCACAUUGUCGAUGCGCAGUCGUGGCCGGUCGAGUCUAAGACCUUCCCGCAGCUGACGGCCAAUGGAGCCUACGGGCCGAAUAUGCAAACAUUCAUCAGAUAUGCCAAGGAUCGUGGCAUCCGUGUCAUUCCAGAGUUUGACGUGCCUGGGCACACGUAUAUCGUCGGUAUGUCGUUCCCAAACAUUAUGUCGUGCAUGAACAAACAGCCAAACUGGUCAAAGUAUGCAGCAGAGCCGCCCAGUGGACAGCUCAAUAUCGCCAAGCCUGAGUCAAUUGACUUCACGAACAGGGUCGUCCGCGAGUACAGCAAGCUGUUCCAGGACCAGGUUUUCCAUCUGGGUGGCGAUGAGGUUAAUCGCAACUGCUGGAACGAAGACCCGUAUGUGCGGGCAUAUUUAGCAGCGCAUCCUGGCGAGGACGUUGAGGCUUUGCUGGUGAACUUUUAUGCCAGGGUGCACAGCUACCUUGAGGUUCUGGGCAAAACAGCAAUGACGUGGGAGGAGACGCUGUUCCAUUCCAACUACACACCGUCCAAGGACACGAUCAUUCAGACAUGGAUCGAUGAGCAAUCGAUCCCUAAGACAGUUGCCAAAGGCUAUCGGUCUAUUGCCUCACCGGCAUCUUCAUACUAUCUGGACUGUGGGCACGGCGCGUGGCUGUCCGAUUUUGACGGCAACUCGUGGUGCGACCCGUUCAAGACGUGGAUGCAUAUAUAUAACUUUGACCCGCUGGCCAACAUCACAAUCCCGGCACAGAGAAAGCUUGUGCUUGGUGGCGAGGUUGCCCUGUGGGCUGAGCAGAGUGAUGAGACCGUAUUAGACUCCAGACUAUGGCCGCGCGCAGCAGCGAUGGCUGAGACGAUGUGGUCAGGCAAGGUGAACGCAGAUGGACACGUGCGCACGACUAAGGAGGUGGCAUCGCGGCUGCACACGCAGCGAUUCCGCAUGGUCGGGCGUGGUAUUGGUGCGGAGCCCAUGCAGCCGCUGUGGUGUGCUCGCAACCCAGGCAACUGCGACCUGAACGAAUGAAGGCUGGCCGACACAGCUCGCUAGAGACAAUUAAAGGCAG